AUGGCAGAGCCUCUGUACACCACACUUUUCCCCAACUGCAAGCCAUACUCACUUCUUGGAAGUGAGAGCCCCCGAUUUCUGCUCCUCAGCAAUGACAUGAAGUGUUGUUGCAAAUUGCUUAUUUUACAAGACGUGUUGCACAACACACAAGAGGAGGAUUACCUGAACCUCAAGCUUAAACCCACACAUCGUCGAAGUCCUCCCAGACAUGACCAAACUCCUGAGACUGCCUCCUCGGCGCUGCGAGAUUGGGGAGAUACAAUCUCCACGGUUCUGCUGCAGCAGGAGCCCCGAAUGCUGCUCCAGCUAGGAGCCGAGGAGGAAAUCACUCCCCGCCACCCAUUCUCGCCUCCUCCCCGAACAUGCCGCUUGAACGAGAGAGCUCUUUCUGCCUCUCCUAUUGGACCUUGCGGCUCCCCGCGGCUGUUGCGCGACCCCAUGCCCCGGUGUCAGACGCCGCCGCAUGCCCAUCCAUGCCGCCGCAUGCCCAUCCUGCCUAUCCCUCCCGCCCAUCCCGCCGCCCAUGCUCGCCCCUCGCCUCACCCCGCGCCAGGAGGGGAGGCAGGUGAGGGCGGCCGCCCGCCCGCCCGCGCGGCGUUGCGCAUGCGCAGCGCGCUCCCAGGCAUGCUCACUGCCGGGGGCGGGGGGAGCGGGACGCGGUGUGGCGGCGCUGCCCGGCUGCCCUCGGCUCCCCUCGGCUCCCCGCGGCUCCCCGCGCUCGCCUGUUCUCGGCUCGCACCAUGCGGCGGCGGGCGGCCGCCUGCCUCCGGGCGCUCUGCCUCCUGCUCCACCUCCGCGCCGCAGGUGAGCGGGGGCGGCUGCGGCCGGACGGCGGGGCGGGCGGGACGGCGGUGGGGACCCGCUUGCGCCCGGCGGCACCUGUUGUGGCGGGAGGCGGCGGCUGCCCGGGUCCGGCGGCGGCUGCCCGGGUCCGGCGGCGGCUGCCCGGGUCCGGACCCCGCCAGCCCCGGAGGCGGCGGGAGCGCCCGUCAGCACCGCGGACAGCGGCGGCCCCGGGCGGGCGAGCCCCGCGCUGCGCGCCCCGCGGAGCGGCCGCGCUUCGGCCCCGGAUCGUGUCGCCACUUGUAUGUGCUCGUGGCAGCGGUGUUUUUAGAAAGGGAAAUUUCAGCUGCGACAGCAGCAGGCAUUUCGGCUGUUAGCGGUGCUAAUAAAUCCUCUCUCUGCUUUGCUGGCAAAACGUGUGCCUCAUUCAGAAAUGCAGUGAGCGAUGAGCGCCCUAGCUGCUUUUCUGGAGACAGUGAUCACUUUUUGGCAAUUCAUCAGCGAAAGAGUGGAAAACCUGUGUUUAUUUAUCACCAUGUGGAGAGUGUGGAGAAAAGUCUGGAUACAGACAGCUAUAAGGAUUCCAAACAAAAUUUCCAUUCUGCUUCCCACACCAAAAUAAGCAAGUUGCACCCUGCAAUAAUUCUUAAAUCAGCUUUCCCCAGGUCUGUUUAUGACCCAUCCCUCAAUCUCUUAGCAAUGACUGGUCAAGAUCUGGAAGUAGAGAAUCUUCCCAUUCCUACAAGAAAUGUGAUUAUUGUGACAUUACAAAUGGAUGUAAACAAGCUGAAUAUCACACUGCUUCGGCUAUUUCGCCAAGGAGUGGCAGCAGCACUGGGACUGUUACCUCAGCAGGUUCAUAUCAACAGACUCAUUGCAAAGAAAAACUGUGUGGAACUGUUUGUGUCUCCACUGAACAGUAAGCCAGGAAUUUCUGAGGCACUCCCAUCUGAAGAAGUGCUGCGUUCCCUUAAUAUCAACAUUUUGCAUCAGAGUUUAUCCCAGUUUGGAAUAACAGAGGUCUCCCCUGAGAAAAAUGUUUUGCAAGGCCAGCAUGAAGCAGACAAAAUCUGGAGCAAAGAAGGAUUUUAUGCAGUUGUCAUAUUUCUCAGCAUCUUUGUCAUUCUAGUGACUUGUUUAAUGGUUCUGUACAGAUUAAAGGAGAAGAUCCAGUUGUCACUAAGGCAAGAGAAGGAAAAGAAGCAGGAGAUCCACCUCUCACCACUUCCCCUGCAGACAUCUCAGACUGAGUAUAAGACCACCAACAGCAUGGUGCAGCCUCAACAGGCUCCAAAGGUUAUCAAUGUUGUAGUGGACCCUCAAGGCCAAUGUGUUCCUGAACUCAAACCUCCCCUGUGUGCCAGUCCAUCUCCUUUCAGAAUGAAACCUGUGGGACUCCAGGAAAGACGAGGAUCCAAUGUCUCACUGACUUUGGAUAUGAGCAGCUUGGGAAGUGUUGAACCUUUCGUCACUGUGCCAACCCCGCGAGAAAAAGUAGCGAUGGAAUACCUGCAGUCAGCUGGCCGCGUCCUGACACGGCAGCAGCUUCGAGACACAGUUGCAUGUUCUCAUUUACUUCAAACAGAAUUCAUGGAAAUACCAAUGAAUUUUGUGGAUCCCAAAGAAAUUGACAUCCCGAGUCAUGGAACUAAAAACCGCUAUAAAACAAUUUUGCCAAAUCCUCUAAGCAGAGUGUAUUUGAAACCAAAAAAUCCAUCUGACUCCUUGAGUACCUACAUAAAUGCUAACUACAUUAGGGGAUAUGGAGGUAAAGAGAAGGCUUUCAUUGCAACUCAGGGACCCAUGAUUAAUACCGUGAAUGAUUUCUGGCAGAUGGUUUGGCAAGAAGACAGCCCUGUCAUUGUUAUGAUCACGAAGCUGAAAGAAAAAAAUGAGAAAUGUGUGCUGUAUUGGCCAGAAAAAAGAGGAAUCUAUGGGAAGGUUGAAGUUCUUGUCAACAGUGUGCAAGAGUGCAAAAACUACACUGUCCGUCAGCUUACCGUAAAGCAAGGGAAUCAGUCCCACAGUGUGAAGCACUACUGGUACACAUCCUGGCCGGACCACAAAACCCCUGACAGCGCUCAGCCUCUCCUGCAGCUCAUGCUGGAUGUGGAAGAGGACAGGGCAGAAUCACCGGGCAGAGGGCCUGUCAUUGUGCACUGCAGCGCUGGUAUAGGAAGAACUGGAUGUUUUAUUGCCACAGCCAUUGGUUGUCAGCAGUUAAAGGAAGAGGGAGUUGUAGAUGCAUUGAGCAUUGUCUGCCAGCUACGAGUGGAUCGGGGUGGAAUGGUUCAGACCAGCGAGCAGUAUGAAUUUGUGCACCAUGCACUGAGUCUGUAUGAAAGCAGACUUUCUGCAGAAGCUGUCCAGUGAAGCUGAGGAGGGUAAAACUGAAUGUCAGUCUCUUGAGGUAAUUUAUUUCAUUACCUACCAGCAGCUUCUUCAAGAAGUUUACUGCAGUGAGAAAGACGGCUUUGAGGCCAACUUCUGAAAGGAUUGUGGACGGUUUGGCAAAAGUACAGAGAUUGCUGGACCCUUACUAUAUAUGAAUGUAUUGUGAGCUUCCCAAAAAUGAUUUAUAAAGAAGGUACUGUACUGAAACUGCACAUGGAUUUUGUGUAUGUAUCUAAAGGUGGGUUUAAUUCUGUAAUGCUGAUAUCUGCCAUAUGGAAUGUAUGUGUGUGCUACUGCUGCAGUCAGAUGGACAUUGGGACUUCUACAGAAGAAAUGUUUAACAAGUGUAUAAAAGCUUUGACGUUUGCAAACUGUCUUGUGAAUGGACUGUCAACUGUACUGUAAAGUGCUAUUACUGAUUAUGUGGUGAGCUUGUUUCUUGGCCACAUAACAUUCUUGCUGCUAAAAUUGCAAGUGUUCAACUAUGGAUUAAAAAUAAAAAGGAGAUAAAAAAAUUAAAAAUCUUGUUUUUGAAAAUAUUCAAAAGCAGUUAAUAUUUUAUAUGGAAAUAUAUGUUCUUCAUACUAUUAACUAUUAAAUGUGUAUUUACUGUAGGUCUUACAGAGCAGUUACAGAGCACAAUGUCUAUUAUUCAGUGUGUAUGUAUUUACCCUGUACUGUUGAUUGUCUUAGAAAAUGCUUCUUCUACAGACCUGAAUCCAGUGUAUUUGUAAAUUGUGUAAGUCAUUCUACUUUUAAAAGAAACUUUGUAGCAUAUAUUAAAUGGUAAGGAUUUUAACUAUUUGUCUGUCUUUUAUUAUUACAGAAAUUUUUGCAUAUGUUGUUUAUCUGCUCUAUUUCUUUCAGUAAGAGAUAGAUGCUUUUAGUGAUACUGACUCUUCCAUGACAGGUUAUACAAGAAAGAAAAUGCUGCUAUGACUGUUUCCUUUAUUGUUCAGUAAAAGUUUGUUUUUAAGAGAUAUGCGAAGUUGGCAUUUUUGGCUUACAGCACUGGGAGGUCUGUUUACAGGGUAUAAUGAGUUUUUAAUGCAGUGAUGUUGACUUUGCUUCAUACUGCUAAUAAAUUACCCUUAAUAUAAA